AUGCAUCAAGGAGGAGUAUUAAAUAGUGAUGCAUUUAUCUAGAAUAUUCUAUGUAGAAAAGGUUAGAGAUGUUCUAGAGAAAUAUAGCUACAAGUAUUCUAGAGAAUUCUCCACUAGAGAAUUCUUAUGUAAAAUCUAGAUUAAUUAGACAUAGUUGUAGAAUACUCUAGAAUCAUAGCAUUUAAUAAGGAUCUAGAAUGAUCCUCUAGCACCUAUAAAUAGGACUCAUUGUACUCAUUUGCUCACUAAGCAAACCAAGAAACAUCAAUACAAUAUAUCUUUUCUAGAGACAAGAGCUCUACUCUAAAACACCUCCUCUACACUGCACCUCACUAAAAUCACUUAACAUAUUCAUAUACCAACAAUCUCUUCUAUUUCUAACAGACUGGGACUGUAAGCCCGGCACUCUGAGCAAAAUCCAGAGCAUCACGAAGCUGGAGCGAGCCGGAAUCAAGCUGAAGUUAAACAGUAGCAUGAGGAGGAGUUUCCUGCAGGUGGAAUUCAAGCGGGGAAUGAUUACGAUGCCCCAGCUGAACUUGGACAACAGGAUGUGCGGGUUCUUGGUGAACUGCGUGGCUUUCUAGCAGCUCUACGGGAGGGAAGAAAAGAGCAUGUCGGAGUACGUGGCGUUUCUGGACUGCCUCAUAGACUCGGAGGAGGACGUGACUCCUCUGUGUGAGGCCAGCAUCGUGCGCCACCAAUCCCAUUUAUUUUCGCAUCCCCAAGUGGCCGCCUUUGUGAACCAGCUCGGGAAGGCAGCGGUGUGCGAUGCCGCUGGAGGCUACUUGAGGGACGUGUUCGUCCGAGUGAACAAUCACUUCGACAAACACUACGACGACCCAUGGCAUGUUCUGAUUGCCGAUGUCACUCAAUCACACUUCAAGAGAUACUUCAGCUCCCCUUGGAAACUCACGUCUGUCUGCGCUGCCGUUAUUCUCCUCCUCCUCACCGUCACCCAGACCAUUUUCACCAUCAUGGACUAUUUCAAGAAAGACUAGGCUAUUUCACCAAGUGUAAUGGUGAGUACGUGUUCAUUUUCUGUGUGCCUCAACUUUCCCACUUUUAUUUGGUGGCCAUGGCCAGUUCUUCAAAACACCGCUUUCAAUUAUUCUCUCCAUGGACUUGUCAAUUUGCUAGCAUCAAACAUAAUGUCUCUG